AUGUUAGACAAUUCGUUCGAAGAAUGUCUGCAAAAAUUGGUUAAUAAUUUUAAGUGUGGAUUGCAUAUAACCGUUGUAGUACCAGAUUUAUAUUACAAGAAUUUCAUACGAUUGAACAGCAGCUGCCACAGCUAUACUCUACGGAAUUAUGAACCCCACACUUGGUAUGUGCAUACUGAUAUCUAUAUAAUUUAUUAUAAAGAAGUAACAACUGGCCUGACAGCAUGGAAAAUAAAAUACGACACCUUCUGGAAUCCGAGAGCGAAGCACAUUAUUGUCAUCUCAUAUGAAACAAGUGAUGCCAAAAAAACAGACAUAUUCCGAAAGCUUGUGAAAUAUAAAGUCUAUGAUGCUAUCGUUAUCACACAAGAAAAUGGUACCCUAGUUACGUUAACAUACUACCCUCUGGAUUUUGGCAACUGUGGAAAGAAAUAUAAACGAAUAGAAAAGUUAGAAGCCUGCACUGAUAAUAAUCAGUUUUAUCCAAUUUCUGAUUUUAAAGAAUGCUCCAUUACCGCUGUCGGAAGCGAGUACUCAUUGAACUACUCCUUCGUAAAUCAUAUCACCCAAUACGAACAGCUCGUCCUUAAUCUGAGUUCAGAAGCGAUAGGGAUUCAUUUAAACUACGAGUUUGUUGAUAUAGAUUUAAAUUCUGGCGACACAUUUCCCAAUCACACGUCCGUAGGCAUGCUAAGAUAUUUACAGAAACGCAAAUCCGAUAUUGUUUAUGGUGGAUUGUACCUAUCCAAAAAUAGAAUACAAAGUUUUGACUAUGUGCACGGCUACAAAUAUUCAGUGAUGAAAGUCAUCUUACCUAAAAUAUCUCCUAAAUUGUGGAAAAUCUUCUAUAAGCCAUAUGAACUGAACCUUUGGUUGUUGAACGGUUUUAUUUAUAUCCUUUUAUCUUGCAUCAUCAUGAUCGUUGCUCGCAAGUGCUUUUAUAUUAGGAAUAUCAGUGCGUUGCCUUUAAAGUUAUUGGACUACUAUUUCGGUCAUUCGGAUAGGGGGAUUUUCAAACUUCGGCCAUUGCGUAUACUGCUAAUAUUCUGGAUUUUGUACACAUUUUGCAUAGCAAACUUUUAUACUAGUACGCUAUUGAGUAUAAUCUAUUGCAUAAGAUACCCUAAUUUUGCGAGUAACAAUUUAUCCGAAUUAAAAGAGGCGGGUUUCAAACCGUGUAUAUCUGAUUCGACGAAUUAUUAUUUUCGGUUCACCUAUAACGUGACUUUGAACGAUGGACAGAGGCCAGAAUGUCGGCACACAGAAGACGCAUUGAAGACAACUAUGAAGAAUUAUCCAACUUAUUUCACAGUAACUGGUUUUGCGUCUUAUGGCUUAACUCUGUUUUCCAACCACAAAUAUGCUGAAGUGGAAUAUCCGAGUAAAAUUAUUUACGCGCUUUAUGCCAAUAAGGGCUUUUUAUUUUUUAAACAAUUUCAGAACAUUUCAAUCCGUAUUUUCGAAUCUGGUCUGAUGAAUAGGCACAUGCAUUUGUUUGAGCUACAAAAAAGCAAAAUGAUACAACAUGAAAAACAGAAGCAAUCCAGAAUUCUUUCUAAAGAAGAUCUUGCCAUCACAUUUAUUAUUCUCAUGGUAGGAUAUGCAAUAUCCUUUUUGGUUUUUAUUAUUGAGAUUAUUUGGCAGAAGUUUAAUAGGAAGUCUUCAAGGAAUUAA